AUGGCUAACCACUACGAAGUGCUGGGCCUGCAGGCCGGCGCCUCCCCGGAGGACAUCAGGAAGGCCUACCGCAGGCUGGCCUUGCGCUGGCACCCCGACAAGAACCCGGGCAACAAGGAGGAGGCCGAGAGGAGGUUCAAGCAGGUGUCCGAGGCCUACGAGGUCCUGUCCGACUGCCGGAGGCGCUCGGCGUAUGACCGCGCCGGCCGUGACAGCCGGCGGGCCGGCGGGGCCAGCAGCCCCCACGGCGGCCCCUUCGGCAGCGGCUACACCUUCCGCAACCCCGAGGACAUCUUCCGCGAGUUCUUCGGGGGCCUGGACCCCUUCUCCUUUGACUUCUGGGACGGCCCGCUCGGCAGCGAGCGCGGCGGCCGGGGCCACGGGCUGCGCGGGGCCUUCUCGGCCGGCUUCGGCGAGUUCCCGGCCUUCCUGGAGGCCUUCUCGGCCUUCGACAGCCCGGGCCGCGGCGCGGGCGGCGCCAGCCGCGCCGCCUUCUCGGCCACGUCCUUCGGGGGCUCGGGCUCUGGCGGCUCGGGCUUCAAGUCGGUGAUGUCAUCCACUGAGAUGGUGAAUGGACACAAGGUCACCACCAAGCGCACCGUGGAGAACGGGCAGGAGCGGGUGGAGGUGGAGGAGGACGGGCAGCUCAAGUCGGUGAUCGUCAACGGCAAGGAGCAGCUCAGACGGGUGGACAGCAAGUAG